GGAACCGUGGAUGGAAGAGAAAGCUGAGGAGCCGAACAUUUUAUCAAAAGCCUACAUGUAGACCCUGAUGCUUGAAUGAAUGCAGAAUGAAAAUGCUUCCUGGAGUGGGUGUGUUUGGAACUGGCAGCACCGCCCGGGUACUAGUACCCUUGCUGAGAGCAGAAGGCUUCUCCAUUGAAGCACUUUGGGGGAAGACUGAAGAGGAAGCCAAACAGCUGGCAGAGGAAAUGAACAUCUCCUUCUACACGAGUCGGACUGACGAUGUUUUGCUGCACCAGGACGUAGAUUUGGUUUGCAUCAAUAUCCCUCCACCACUAACUCGGCAAAUUGCUGUGAAGGCUCUAGGAAUAGGGAAGAACGUGAUCUGUGAGAAAGCUGCUACCUCUGUGGAUGCCUUCAGGAUGGUCACAGCUGCCAGGUAUUACCCCAAGCUGAUGAGCAUCGUUGGCAAUGUUCUCCGUUUCUUGCCUGCCUUUGUGAAGAUGAAGCAGUUGAUAGAAGAACACUACGUGGGCAACGUGAUGAUCUGCGAUGUACGAGUUUACGGGGGAAGCCUGCUCAGCCACAAGUACAACUGGAUCUGCGAUGAGCUGAUGGGAGGAGGUGGUCUGCAUACAAUGGGAACCUACAUUAUCGACCUCCUAACUCACCUCAUCGGCAGGAGGGCAGAGAAGGUCCACGGUUUGCUCAAGACUUUUGUGAAGCAGAACACAGCUAUAAGCGGGAUCCGCCACGUCACUAGCGAUGACUUCUGCUUUUUCCAGAUGUUAAUGAGCGAGGGUGUCUGUUGCACUGUGACUCUCAACUUCAACAUGCCUGGGUCAUUCAUCCAUGAAGUCAUGAUUGUUGGGUCUACUGGUCGCCUCAUAGCUCGCGGGACGGACUUGUACGGGCAGAAAAACACCGCGCUCCAAGAAGAACUACUGUUUACAGACUCUCUGACUGUCAACAAGGGCCUUUUGGAUAAGGGGUUCAAAGACAUCCCGCUGCUUUACCUAAAAGGAAUGGUGUACAUGGUGCAGGCACUGCGGCAGUCUUUCCAAGACCAGGAAGACCGUCGGACGUGGGAUCAUAAACCUGUCUCCAUGGCAGCCUCUUUUGAAGAUGGUCUGUACAUGCAGAGUGUAGUAGAGGCCAUCAAGAAAUCCAGCAGGUCAGGGGAGUGGGAGGCUGUGGAGGUGAUGACCGAGGAACCGGACGCCAAUCAAAACCUCUGCGAGGCACUUCAAAGAAAUAACUUAUGAAUGCUCCUGCUUUGGACGAUAGGACAAUUAACACUUCUGGCUGUAAUGUAAAAAAACCUCUCCGUUUUUAAGAUGUGUAGAUGCUUAUUUAAUAACCUGAGUUCCUUGGUUGUUUUUUUUUUUAAACGUGUAAAAUAUGUCAUGUUCUGAUAGAAACUGUUCCGAUUUAAAUUGUUUAAAGAGUUUUAAAUGUUUCCGUUUUUGCAAACGUUUAAUUUUUGUCUUGGAGACUGGUAGGAAAACUUGAAUUGCCCUUUGCACUUGCGGUAGCUGAAGUGAAGCAUGGGAUCUCUGCCAUUGCAUGGCUUGGAAAUGAGACACAACCCCUGUUGCACAGGUUGCUUAUUUUAACAAUUUUAACAUGAGAGCAUGCAGAGCAAGAUCAGGGAGUAUCUGUCGUUCAGAUGCCUUUUCCUUUUCUCUUGGAGACUGAUUUAAGUGUUACUCCUCAGUUUGUAAAAUUUUGCAAGAGUUUAGUGAUGUUACAGGUCUCUAAACUCCUGUAGGACAAAAAGUAGAAGGAACAGAUUAAAGUUUGUAACAUAAAGAUCGGCCUUUUGGCUUCCUGCAUGUGGCAAAUGUCUUAAAUUCAUUUAAACCGGUAUUUUAUUUAAAUGAUGCUCUGAAUUCUCUGUUGACGGUGUCUUGGCAGGAAAAUCUUCAGGAAGUCUGUGAUGAUUUGUGCUGUUCUUCUGUAUCUGUAGACAUUAUUC